UAAUAAGAGGAAAAACCCAACUCCAUUCGUUUAAUGCUUCUAAUGUAAGUCGGGCGUCUGGACACUCAAUUCAAUGAUGAGUUAGUCUACUGAAUCCAGAAAUUAUGGCGAAGCUAUUUGGACGAAAGUCUGAUGUUCAGAGCUGGGACAUCAUCAGGCACAAGCUUAUACAAGAGUUUGACAGCUGUGAUGAUUUGUUCAAUAAUGUGAUUAAACAUUCAGAAAAGUACCUGGAAAUACGUAAUGAAAAUCCACAUCCUCAAAAUGGCAAUGAAUAUUUCCAAAGGCUUGAGAAUAACCUAGUGAGGCAAAGAGACAUGCUGGAUUUCUUGAUAAGAGUGAUUGAAAAUAUCAAUCUGCACACGAAUAUGGGGACUGAGUCACAGAGUGAGGUGUUGAAAGGGUACAGGGAAAAACUGGAGGCGCUUCAGAGGGCCGACAUGGAGGAUGAAGAGGAAGAUAGGAACUUUGUUGGCAGGGAAAAGUACAUUAGUGAAAUUGUUGAGAUAUUUGAGGACGAAAGAAACAAUUUCAAAGGUGUAAGUAUUUGUGGAAUGGGAGGCUUAGGAAAAACGACACUGGCCAACAAAAUCUGCCGAAAAUUGAAAGGUGUAUGGAAGAUCAUUAAAGUCGAUCUCAGGGAAGUUAAAACAUUGAGGGAUAUGCUCAGAGAUGUAUUUGUGCAGCUCACCUGUGAAACCUUGAUACGGGAAGCAGAAGAGGAAAUCCUCGAGCAGAUUAAGGAUUUUCUCAAAAAGGACAAUGCCAUACAGUGUAAAACCAUACUGAUGCUGGAUAACAUUGAAGAUGUCAUAGAAGUAGAGGGAAUAGCCAAAUUUCAGAAAGAUUUCCUGGACAAACUCUUCAAUUUUUUGAAAGAUUUUGGUGACGAAUGCAAAAUUCGCCUACUUCUGACGUCUCGGGUCCUGUUGACUUGUCAUCCAAUGGUACCCGACGCUGUAAAUAGGUUUUGGAGGAAGAUAAAAAGCCAUGAUAGGCAUUAUGGUUUGAUCAAGGAAAAGGAAAUACUCCCAUUUGACAGUAGGGAAGCGAUGGAACUCUUCAAUAAAUGCAUGGGGGAGAAACAAAUAGACAAUGUCCAGGUGGAAAAGAUUGUGAAACUCUGUGGGUUCAGUCCACUAGCCAUUACUAUUCUAUGCAGUUCCAUGCGUCAUGAAUUGUUAACACCAGAAUCCAUUAUAGAAGACUUGGAGCCCAACUUCUGGCUUCGCCAUAUAUCAAGAACACCAAAUGUUACAAAUUGUCUCGAAAAAUCAUUUCAGUCAUUAAAGCCAUGCACAAAAACAGAUUUGAUACGACUCUCUGUUUUCCAUUCGGCGAUGUUUGAUAUUGAUGCCGCUGCAGCAGUCCUGAAGACGCCUCGAAGAGUGAUCAAAAGAGAUGAGGCAAGACAAAAACUACUGAUCCUGAAAUCAAGAUGCUUUGUUGAGGUUUUGUCUGACAAUACACAAACGGACAGAUUCUCUCUCCAUCCGUUGGUCUUCCACUUUUUGAAAAACAAAUCGAAGUCGAGACAUUUCAAAGAAGAAUUUCGAACUGCGAAAAAAUUGUUUGUUGAACACUACAGAAAAGUGAUAUGCGAUGUUGCAGAACAAGCUGACAAAGACUGUGUUGAAGGACACAGAAUGUUAGGAUAUAACAAAAAGCAUGUUAAGAAUUUUUAUGAAAUCCUUGCAACAGAUGACUUGCAGGAACUACUAACCGGCAGACCUAAUGAUAGCUUCGCCACCAUAGUGGAAAGCAGAAGAAUCUAUGAAAUCGCAGAUCUACUACUGUAUGAUGACACUAAAUGGAGUCUCAUACAAAAUUUUCUAAUAAAGACCAAAGAUAAAAGAGAAAAUGAGUUACAUCAUUUAUUUUGGCGUGUAUGCGAAAUCGCGUAUCUGUUGGAUCUAGAUAGAAAUCAAGAAGCCAAAAGAAAAAUUGACAGCAUGGAUGAGUCGUUGAGCAAAAGGACGGAAAACGGCCACAAAAAGACAAUGGCAGCAGUGGAUGGUGCCUUUUUCUUCCAAAAGGGCAGAUACUUCCGAAAGGAAUAUCUUUGUGAUGAAGCAUUUUGCUUUCUAAAACUUGCUGCUGAAAAUAUUUCACAAGUGGAAAAAGACUACAUGAUUCUUCUGUCGAAGAUUUACAAUGUUAUGGGCGGUUCAGAAUACAGAAAGAAGAAUGCAGAUUAUAGUUUAGCCAGAAGUUACCAUGAACAAGCAUUGCGAAUAAUUAUCAACUUUACAAACAAAAGGUGUCGCAAUGUGGAAGCCCCAGAAUAUUUCCAUAAUAUUGGAACAUGCUUCUAUAGAGAAGGUGAGGCAUUUCGCAAGGACAAAAAAGAAAUGGAAGCGAACUUCAACUGCAACGAAGCGAUUAAGUGGUAUAAUGUUGCUGUACAACUUGAUAUAGAGAUGAAACUGGACAAUAUGGCAUGCCAUGCACAAUUUCUUCAGAACAGAGGUGAAGCUUACGGUGCAAUGAAGGCUUGGGGAAAGGCCGAGGAAGACUUUAAGGCUUCCAUCAUUUUAAGGGAAAAGAUACUGGCUCCUCCAAACAGACAAAUCACAAUAGGAUUAUUCAAAACGGCUAAAUUACUGUACAUGAAAGGUGUUCACCUCUACCACCAAGGAGAAAAGGACAAAGCGAGAGAAUCGAUGUUGCGUGGCUAAGAAACUCUGUGAAAAAAUUGCGGAUCUAACCAUUGGUGGAGGUCUGCCAGUUUCAGACGUUAUCUACCAAGAAGCUAAGGAACUGACUUCCAAACUCCUACACACUCUCCAAGACAAUCACACUCGCCGGCUAAUUCUGAACAAAUACAGGAAAUUCGAAAAUAACAUUUUCAAUAAACGAAUCCGCAUGCUACAAAGUAUUGGAAAGUCGCACUUCACGCAAAAUAAGAGAUAUGGUACGACGUGGAGGGAGCCAACCAAGCAGACAGAAUGUGAUUCAUCAUGUGACGAGGAGGAAGACGAGGACUCGGAACAGAACACAUGGAAUGUGGACACAGAUGAAGAUUAUCUUCUUAAUAUGAGUGAGGAUGAAGCGGCUGUGGACUUAACCGGUGUCACUUACGAAGGGGACAUUCGUUAUGUUGGUUGUGUACCAACCCAUCCAUUCCACGCCGUUUUUGCAAAAGGCGAGGAGAAGAAGGAUGCAGAUUUUGAUGACCAGCUAUCCUUGUUGAUUGACGGUAUUGACAUUAUGAAAAUGGAUACCAGUGCAAACGGAAACGAUCAUACUGAAGAAGGAAAUUUUCGCAGGGAUAAUAAAGAGGACGGCUGUACAGGAAAAGGUGAUACUGUUACUGAAAGUAGAACUGAGCGCAUAACUAGUUCAAUGGAGGUUGAUGACUGCAUUCUAACAGUGUCGAAACCACAACAUGUAAAUGUUGGAAUACCUGGUGACCUGGCAUGCGAUGGGGCAAAAAGCAAUGCUGAUUUUCUGUUAGUAAAGUGCAAAGUGGAUUUAAUUUUGGCGGAAAAGGAUACCAACACAGAAGAAAAGGAAAUGGAUAAUUCAACAAACCUACCAAAGACAAGAAAACGAACCCUGGAUCAAUCGUGUUCACUCCCAAAACAGGAAGAUGAGGAGGAAAUAGUAGUGCAGGGCAAGCGAAGACAACAUGAUGCCAAUUAGUUAUGACAACUAUGUGGCAGCAGUUAUGUAACUGAUAUUGCAAAAGAACUUUAGUCCUAUAAGGGGCUUAUUGCUAGAUAAUUUCGGUAAUAACGUUUUGUUAUAUGGCCAUAACAAUAUUUCCUAAAAUACUAAUCGAGAUUUUACGACAGUUAGAGUAUAGCUCAGUUAUCAAUUCCCUACCGGUGAAACAGGGUAAACUGUUGGUUUCCUCUCCACCCGUUUUGUAUAGAUGUGGAUACAAAUAUACAUGUACAUACCGCCGAAUUUUAUUAGCGAUCUAGCGGCUUAAUUCCUUGAGGGAGUUUUAUUAGAUUUCACACAAUGAUAAAGUACCAGGAUAUCUCCAGUUUCUGGGUUUCUUGAUCGAAUUUAAGAUCAUUGUUACUGUUUUUGGCGUGGGCGCGUAGAGGACAUGUAUGGCUUAAGUAAUAUCCAGAGUGUUUUUUCUUUGUUACUUCAACCUCUUGGUGUCCGUUUCAGAAUUCUUUGAAUGAUUAAUGACGUUACAGUAGCGAUAAUGUAAACAACUUGUAAUAUCCUAGCACAUACUCGCUGGUAGAAUACAGAGAAAAUGUAAACUUUCCUUCUUUCUGUAUAUACACGGUUUUCAAUCGGACUCCGUCCGUCCGAUUGACUCCCAUUUCUGAAGCGUAACUAAAGAACCGUUUAAGAUAACUUCACCAAAUCUGUUGUGGUGUAGUAUUGAUUUUUGUUAUGGAGUGCUUUGCAUUUUUCAUAAUUUUCGUGUGACGAUUUGAACAAAUCGGUACAAACCUAAAUAUUGCACUUGCAAACAAACUUAUUCAUGUAUUCGUAAUUUCCAUUUCUUCAGUGGGGCACGGGUGAUAUUGACAACUACAUUUUCUUGGUAAGCUUGUGUAUUCAUUUGUGAAAUAUGCCAUCAAAUGCCAUUUAUUUCGAAACAUUGAUAUGUUUUAAUGUUGCUAUGUUCACGGUGAUAUCACAGACUUAAUGUAUAUAACUCAAGGUAUGUGGUAAUGUGUUUUCGUUAAUGUAAGAAGUAGUCAUCUUAACCAGACUCUGUCCUAUCCAGAUUUAUGUCUAUAAACCGGUAGAAUUUCAACUCAUCCGGACUUGUAUGUAACCCGACCAUAUCUCAAUGUCCUUCUUUACGCUAGUUUAUCUACUCCAGUGUGCAGCGGUGGGUGUUUUGGCUCCCGGUGAGUGUUUACGCAGUGCUGAACGGGUAAAUUAUCAAUUGACCAUGCAUCGUCACUGUCAGGGUAGCCAUAAACAGCCAAUUACCAGAACUUCUUUCACGUAUAAUAAGGAAAGUUGCCAUAUGAAUUCAAACCUAUGUGAUAUGUAAUUGUGUCAUGUACACUUACAAACUGCUUUAGGUUCCUCUGUACAGAAGAAUAGCUAAUCAUAGAAAAAUAUAGAUAUUCACAAAUUUGCGCAAAACUAGUCGUGUAAUAUACCAACAUCUUUGUCUAAUUUCUGUAAAGUCUGGUAAGAUAUAUUAGACAUUUGUAUUGACAGGAUUUGACUUUAUGUACGUACAAACAAUUAUUUUGUUUUAACCUUGAGAUACAGAUGGCGACUUUGGAUUAUAUCACACAA